AUGGCUCGUCUUAUUUUUCAAUUAUUAGCUAUACAAUUGGUCUUAGUUGCUACUGUUUUUAGUAUUUUCUCAAGUUCAGGCAAGGUUAAAGAUGCAACAAAAUAUCAACUUCAACAAAAAGUUCUUACACUUGGUUCAUCCUAUGUAAUUAAAGAUCAAAAAGAUAAACCUGUUUAUAAAGUAGGAUUUAAAGCAUUAGGUCUUGGUAAAAAUCUUCAACUUACUGAUCCAACUGGUAAACAAGAAUAUUAUUCAAUUAAACAUAUUCUCAACCCACUUGGUUUAGCUAAAUAUGAAAUUCGUCAAAAUGAUCAAGUUGUUGCUGAUAUUAGUCGUAAAAUAAAUAUUGGUGGUAAAAAAUUCUCAGUUAAAUCUAAAUUUGGUACAUAUGGUAUUGAAGGAAAUUUUCGUUCACGUGAAUUUAAAAUUAAAAAAGAUCAUCAUCUUGUUGCUACUAUUUCAAAGAAAUUCUUUGCAAUAGGUGAUAAAUAUGGUGUUAAAAUUACCCAAGGUCAAGAUGUACCAUUUAUUUUAGCUUUAGCUAUUGUUGUUGAUGAAGUAGCUCAUGAUUAA